GCUGUUUAAGCAUCAAUGAACAUGUGAGAAUAUAAUCUCUCUGAUUCACUCUUCCUUCCAUUCAAGUGUUCCAUUGCAGUAAAUUGUGACCUUUCAACGUGGAUCACACUCAGCAGCCAUGGUGGCAUGUGGGCUCAGGCCAUUGUUGCUCCUCGCUGUCAUCCUCCUCCUCCUGAGCUCCCUCCCACUGCUGGUUUAUCACAGCUUGGUCAUCCAGAUGCUUCACAUGCAGCAGUACCCUGCGCCUGCUUCUCAGAGGAAUCUCAGCAUCUUGUUGUGGCACUGGCCAUUCGGACGGUCCUACAGUCUCAGUGGGAACAAAUGUCUGGAGAUGUACGGCAUUGGCCACUGUUUCCUCACUGAUGACAGAUCCGCCUACCCAACUGCAGAUGUGGUUGUAUUCCACCACCAGGAGUUAAGCAAUGCUGCGUCAGCUCUGCCAAUGCACUUGCCUCGGCCAUCGGCCCAGGGCUGGGUGUGGCUAUCCAUGGAGCCUCCAGUCAACAAUGCAAAUGUCAAGCAGCUUAACGGUGUCUUUAAUUGGACGAUGAGCUACAGACGGGACGCGGAUGUUACCACUCCUUAUGGAGAAACCCUUCCAGGAGCUGGAAUGCAAGGCUUUCAAAGUGCUUUAAACCGUUCCUGCUUUGCAAGCUGGGUGGUUAGCAAAUCCAAGCCCAACCAGACCCGUGUUGAUGUUUACCAAAGUCUGCAGAAGUACAUCCCCAUCCAGGUGUAUGGAAAGUGGAAGAAGAAGCCUCUCCCAGACGAUCGGUUGCUGCCCACCAUCUCAAAAUGUCUGUUCUACUUGUCUUUUGAAAACUCAGAGGCAAAAGACUAUAUCAGUGAGAAGCUGUGGAGGAAUGCAUUCCAAGCAGGGACCAUUCCAGUAGUUCUUGGCCCUAGCAGGCCCACCUAUGAGGAAGUGGCUCCGCCUCAUUCCUUCAUCCAUGUAGCUGAUUUUAAGAGUAUAGUAGAACUGGCUGCUUACCUGAAUCAUGUGGCUGCAGACAAGCAAGCCUAUGAGGAGUACUUCAAGUGGCACAAGACACACAGGAUUAAAACCUACACCGACUGGAGAGAAAGACUCUGUCAGAUCUGCCUUAAGUACCCCAGUUUACCAACCAGGAAGGUUUACCAGGACCUGGAUGGCUGGGUUAACAGUUGAUACUCCUAACACUGCUGGCUGACUGCAGGAAGAUGCAUAUGGAGUGAAAAUAGUCUCAAAAUAUCUGUGCGUGUG